CAUGAUAUAUAAAAAGGGUUCAUCCCUAGUACAAUAUUGAAGCCAAACAUUAGCGACGAAAACAUGAAGAACGCGAUUGUAUCCAUUCUUGUUCUAUUUCCUUCCAUUCUAUUCUACCUCUCAUUCCUUCGCCAUCACAAUGCUGCCACUUUAGCCGGUGACGGUUCCCUUUCUCCAUUUUGGAGUUGGUGUGUCGAUCAUCCUGUUCUCUUAACCAAUCUCAUUUUCUUUUUCAAUGUGGAUAUUUUAUUCUGGAUUAUUGGUCUCGUGAGAUCAAACCAUUCGAUGAUAAGCUUGUAUUGGUCCAUCAUACCAGUGUUGCUUUCACACUACUAUGCAACUCACCCACUCGGAAUGGGAAGUUACAACCUCUUGAGAUCGAGGGUUGUAACCGUGUUGACAUGGAUAUGGUCUAUUAGGAUUCUUCAUAACUACCUUCGAAAAUCAAGCGAACAGUUAGGCGCGAGGGAAGAUUGGAGGUUCACUGAUAUGGGCCACCAAUAUGGCUCAUCUUGGUGGUGGGCUUCAUUCUUCUCUAUUUAUGUUUCCCAACAGGUACUUUUAUUGGGAACGUGCAUGCCAUUGUAUGUGGUUCACUCGAUCGACAAACCGUUGAAUCUCUGGGAUUUUGCAGCUGUAACCAUUUGUAUCUUUGGCAUUGUCAUGGCUUAUGUUGCUGACACUGAGUUACACCAAUUUAUGGCAAAAAAUAGGAGCCUGAAAAAUGAAGGAAAACCGGUGGUGCCGGUUCUUGACAAGGGUCUAUGGGGAUACUCUAGGCACCCUAACUAUUUGGGAGAGCAGAUUUGGUGGUAUGGACUGGCCCUUUUCGCAGUGGGCCUGGGCUUUGGAUUGAAGGCCUUUAUUGGGCCGAUAUUGAACAGCCUUUGCUUGGCUUAUGUGACAAUGCUUGUGGAAGAUAGGAUGGUGAAGCAAGAGCAUAGGGCUGAGGCUUAUAGUUUGUAUAAGAAGAGAACACCAGUUUGGAUUCCUAUGAUCCAGUCUUGUCUUGAGCCCAAGAUAAAGCCCAAGGAGGAAAAAGAAAACUAAAAUGGCCCAUUAUCAUAAGCCCAUUUGUGAUUGUUUGUUUGCUUUUUUAUUAAAUUUGAACUAUGUUUUUUCUUGUCACAUUUUCAUGAAUUGUACAAAGUUGUAUUGCAUGGUUCUUAACCUUGUUUGAAUGAAUGGUGAUUUUAUUAUCUCUUAUUAUAUA